CACUGCGAUGGAGAUGCUGCGCGCUCUGCCAGGGGCUUGCGCUGCCCGUCUGGUGACAGCCGCCGGCUGCUGACAGACACCCCCCCCCCCAUCCCAUCCGGGCCCGGCUCGAGCCCCCGAUCCCGCCGCGGAGCCCGGCGGAGCGGCGCGGAGCAGCGCGGAGGGGCGCGGGGCGGACCCGCAGCUGCCGGCCGCGGUGUCAUGCCCCUGGGCAGCCCGGAGGGGCACGGCUCGCACCACACCGGUACGCGGGGGUAGCGGCUCUCAGCAGUCCCCGCUGCCGCCGCCCCUCGCCGGACGCUGAGGCCCCUUCUGCCGGGCCGCCGCUCGCCAGCCCCGUCGAGUCUGUCCUUCAUCGAACAGCGGCGUGGUCCGACAGGCCGCCAUGGCCACCCUCCUCCGCAGCAAGCUUUCCAACGUGGCCACCUCCGUGUCCAACAAGUCCCAGGCGAAGAUGAGUGGUAUGUUCGCGAGGAUGGGCUUCCAGGCGGCCACCGACGAGGAGGCGGUGGGGUUCGCCCACUGCGACGAUCUGGACAUGGAGCAUCGGCAGGGGCUGCAGAUGGACAUCCUCAAGUCCGACAGCGGCGAGGAGGGCGCCGAGCCGCCCUUGGAAGGGGACAUCCACUAUCAGCGGGACGGCACGGGGCCCCCACCGCCCUCCGCCAUGAAGGAGGUGGAUGGCUGCCCAGAGCUUUCCGGGCAGGGCAAGCCCAAGAUCACGGCUUGGGAGGCGGGAUGGAAUGUCACCAACGCCAUCCAGGGGAUGUUUGUGCUGGGCCUGCCCUAUGCCAUCCUUCAUGGUGGAUACCUGGGACUCUUUCUGAUCAUUUUCGCUGCAGUGGUUUGCUGCUACACAGGGAAAAUCCUUAUUGCCUGUCUUUAUGAAGAGAAUGAGGAUGGAGAGAUAGUCAGGGUGAGAGACUCCUAUGUGGACAUAGCAAACGCAUGCUGUGCACCCCGCUUCCCCACCCUUGGAGGCAGGAUUGUAAACGUGGCUCAGAUCAUUGAACUGGUUAUGACCUGCAUUCUCUAUGUGGUGGUCAGUGGCAACCUGAUGUACAACAGCUUUCCUAACCUGCCAGUCUCCCAGAAGUCAUGGUCCAUCAUUGCCACAGCAGUACUCCUGCCUUGUGCAUUCUUGAAGAACCUCAAGGCAGUCUCCAAGUUCAGCUUGCUCUGCACAUUGGCCCACUUUGUGAUCAACAUCUUGGUGAUAGCCUACUGCCUCUCCAGGGCACGCGACUGGGCCUGGGACAAAGUCAAGUUUUACAUUGAUGUAAAGAAGUUUCCCAUCUCCAUUGGCAUUAUUGUCUUCAGCUACACCUCUCAGAUCUUUCUGCCUUCCUUGGAGGGGAACAUGCAGAACCCCAAGGAGUUUCACUGCAUGAUGAACUGGACUCACAUAGCAGCUUGCAUCCUUAAGGGACUCUUUGCCUUGGUUGCCUAUCUGACCUGGGCUGAUGAGACCAAGGAAGUCAUUACAGACAACUUGCCAUCCACUAUAAGGGCAGUAGUCAAUAUUUUCUUGGUGGCCAAAGCUUUGCUCUCAUACCCCUUGCCAUUCUUUGCUGCUGUGGAAGUCCUGGAGAGAUCCCUUUUCCAAGAUGGAAACAGGGCAUUUUUUCCCAACUGCUAUGGGGGUGAUGGGCGGCUCAAAUCCUGGGGACUCACCCUCAGAUGUGCCCUGGUAGUAUUCACCCUGCUCAUGGCUAUCUAUGUCCCACAUUUUGCCCUCUUGAUGGGUCUUACUGGGAGCCUCACAGGUGCAGGGCUCUGUUUCCUGCUCCCCAGUCUUUUCCACCUCAAACUCUUGUGGAGGAAGCUUUUGUGGCACCAUGUCUUCUUUGAUGUUGCCAUCUUUGUUAUAGGUGGUAUCUGCAGUGUCUCUGGGUUCAUCCACUCCUUGGAAGGCCUCAUAGAGGCCUUCAGAACCAACACUGAAGACUAAAGAGGGGCCAGAGUUGGUUGCUGUAAGAGAAUCUCAUCGAACAUCUGCAUAGUCAAAUAAUUCUGCAUCCCUUUAAUGGAAAGAGUCAUUAUUUUCGUUACGUGCAUCCAAAUUCUAUGUUAUAGAAUCUGCAAAUUAAAAGAAAUAAGAACACAUGGUAAAUGCUCCAUUUCUGGCAGUGUUCAAGGCCAGCCUGGACAGAGCCUUGGGCACCAUGGUCUAGAGUGAGGUGUCCCUGCCCAUGGCAGGGGGGUUGGAACUAGAUGAUCUUAAGGUCCUUUCCAACCUUAACUAUUCUAUGAUUCUAUGAAAGUAUUUGCCCUUCUGUAUUUUUAAAUAAGCUAAGAUUUAGAUAUAUUUUUUUGUUAUUUAGGAUUUUUUGGAAGGGAAUUAUCUGGUUCCCCACCCCCAUCUCCUCACUCAUUGCCUGAAGCUUGGCCACCCCCAAAGGACCUGUUGGGAAACAGCUGCAGCUUUCAAUACUUACAGAUAUGCAAUUCAGUGUUUCAGGAGCUGAAACACAGGUGCCAACCCGAUGGGAUUUGGUUACUGCACUCACAGAUGGAAGUAAACCAGCAUGGGUGCUGGGAGCAGAGACCUUCAUUCUACAGGGUGUGAGAUGGAUGUAGGUGAGAGCUAGAUGGUCUGACCAGCCCAACAAGCCCAAGCAGAAGCUGCUGAGCAGCAAUGUCAGUUAACCUGCCUUGUUUACAGCAUAGUUACAUGGAUGUCAGGACUGCUUAAUUCUUCCAUCCAAAUCCACCUCAAGGAACGGCGCUUCCCAUCAAUUACAAUGUUUUGCCUCUGGCUGAAAUCUUGGAGUCCACUUCUUGGUGACUUUUGUUUCAUUUUGUUUUAACAAUUUCAUUUCUAAAUUAGAAAAGUUAAAAAAUAUAUAUCUAUAUUGUUGGAUUUGACAUUGUUCAGGAUACAGGAACAAACCAAUUCAUUCUGUGCGAUCUACCAGAUCUGUGGAGCUGUUUCCAAUGUAUGUGUGGUGUCAUUGUGGUAAAUAAGAUGAAAAAUGUAUAGCAGAAAAAAAAAAACAACAAAUCUAUCUUUAACAUAUAAUGUGGUACAUAAAUAUAUGGAACAAUAAAGAGCAGACAUAG